AUGGAGGAUGAAUUGUUCAAAAGAACCCAUGAUGGGUUGACUUUGCUAUGUAUUAAAGGAUUAGAACAGAUGCAAGUCAUGGCAGAAGUCCAUGAGGGCAUUUAUGGUGCUCAUCAGAAGCACAUAGUGCAUAGGUUUGUCUUGCCACAAACAAUUACUGUCAAUCAAGGGACAGUGUUUAAUGGUGAUGAAGUGAUGGAGUUUGCCAAAGAGUAUGGCAUUCAAAUGUUGAACUCAUCUCCAUAUUAUGCCCAAAAUUCAACGAGGGAUAGCAUUCAAGCAUCUCCUUAUGAGUUAGUUUAUGGUCAUGCUAUAAUUCUACAAUUAGAGGUGACAGUAAAGUCUAGUAGGGCGGCUAAGCAUUAUGGCAUUCCUAUUGAUGAGUAUGUAGAAGCCAUGUUUAUGGAGUUGCAAGAUGUAGAGUGCAAAAGGAUUGAUGCCUUUGAUUGUAUGAUGGCUCAGAAGAAGAAAGUUGAGAGAGUUUAUAACAAGAAUGUUAAGUUAAAACUUUUUGGGGAAGGUGAUUUAGUGUGGAAAACUAUCUUGCCAUUGGGAACAAAAGACCUUGAGUUUGGCAAGUAG